AUGGAUACAAAUUAUGAUGAAUCAUCAAUUAGAUUAUUAGCAUUUUCAAUAUUAGAAUGUAAUUUUGAAGUUUCAAAAGUUAUAUUAUUACAAUUUUCAAAUAUUACAGAAGAUUCAUUUAAUGAUCAACAAUUGAAAAGAGAUAUUGAUAAUCAAUUUAGUAUAGAAUAUUAUGAUAGUUUAUAUAAAAUCAUAGAUCCAAUAGAGAAUAGAGUAUUCAUUAGAGACGAUAUCUCAUUUCAAGAUGUUUAUUUAGUAUCUGAUGAAUUAAUUAAAUUAAAACAAAUGUUAUCAAUUAAAUUUAAAAAUAGUACAUUCAAUUCAAUUAAUCACCUUUUCAAACAUUUAUAUAUCAUUGGUUUACAAAGUUCAACUAAAUUAAUUAAUAUUGAAAAAUUGAAUCAACUCUUUAAAAGAAAUAAUAUCUCAAUGUCUUUUUAUAAUUCAAUUCCAAACUUUUUUAAAAUGUUUUAUUAUUUGUAUCAUAAAUCUUGGAAAUUAUCAAAUUAUUUCUUAUCAAGAGUAAAAAAUUUUAAUUUUAAAUAUAGUAAUCUUGAAAAUUAUAAUAAAUUCUUUUCUUCAACAACUACAACUAAAAUUUCAAAUUCAACAACAACUACAACAAAUACAAAUACUACAAAUACUACAAAUACUACAAAUACUACAAAUAGUAAAAAUAAAAACAAUACAAUUUUAAUAACAGAAGAUUCAGAAUCACAACAACCACAAAAAUUACAAAAAAAUGAAGAAAUAAUUACACUUAAAUUAAUAUUAAAAUUAAAUUUUGAAGAGAUAUUUUUAAAAUUAAGAAGAUUAAUUAAUAAUUAUAUUGAUUCAUUAGAAAAGGAUUCAAUGUUUGAUCAAGAUAUAGAUAGUAAAAUUAAAACUAGAUUUUAUUUUGAUAUGCAAUAUCUAAUAAAUGUUAAAGAAAGUUCAACAAUUAUAAAUCUUUUAAAAGAAAUUCAUUCAGAUGGUUUUAAUCUUAAAAAGAUUAAUUAUUUAGGUUUCUUACUCAAUUUAAAUAUUUCUGAUGGUGAUGAUUUUAGUUUAAAUCAUAAAAUGGAUAUCACUGAUAAUAAUAAUAAUGGUAAUAAUGAUUUAGAAUUAUUUAAAUCAAUAGUUUCUUUAAAAUUAUUAAAAAAUAGAUUAUUAUUAGAAUUUGCUUUGGAAAGAGUAAGAUUAGAUUUAGUGAAAUUCAUUUUAUCAACUUGUAAAGUAAAAAGAAUUAAUGAAGAUUUAUUAAAAUCAAUUUUUAGUUGCGAUGAAUAUAAAAUUAUUGAUAGUGAUAAUGAAAGUGAAAAUGAAAAUGAAAAUGAGAGUGAAAAUGAAAGUGAAUUUGAUAAUAAUAGUAAUAAUAGUAAUAAUAGUAAUAAUAGUAAUAAUAGUAGUAGUUUUAAUAGUAAUCCACAAGAUAUUGCAGAAUUUUUAUUAAGAAAUCACCAUCAAUUAAUUUUUGAUAGUUUAUUAACUUCUAAAUUUUCGAUAUUUGCAAUGGCAUUUCUUCAACCAAAUUUAUAUUUAUGUAAAUUAAUUAUGCGUUUACAUCCAAUAUUUGUCGAAAUUAAAGUUGAACAUAUAAAACAAAAUGUAUUAAAUAAUAAUAUUCGUAUCUUGAAAUAUUUUUAUCAAAUUUUUAUUAAUAUUUUAAAAUCAAGAAUUAAAAGAAUAAUAUUAAAAUAUGGAAAUAAAAAGUCAUAUAAUUGGUUAUAA